CCUUUUGCUAUGAUCAUGUCAGUCUUGAGGCCCUUAGAGGGAGAGCCAACCGUUGAGGUUACAAAUGAAGGUGUUGAUGCUGCAGGGCAUACAAUUGGUACAUCUUUGGAGGUCGUGUUCAAACUUAGGAAGGUUCUCAACCCCAAGAGUGUGAUCAAAUCAACAUCACUAGUUAAAGAUUAUUUUGAGAAUAACAUCUAUCGAAUAAAUUUCAGACGAAAGACCUUGGUAAACUCCUAUAGUUUUUGGGUAUUGAGGUAUUCCAAUCUAAAGAUGAUAAGGUAUUUGCCUGUAAAUGGUCCUUGGCUUAUCGACCAGAUGCCUAGUCGAGCGUAUGUGUCUCAGUUUUCAGCUGAUGGUAGUCUUUUUGUUGCUGGGUUCCAGGGAAAUAUCAUAAAAAUAUACAAUGUGGACAAAGGUUGGAAAGUUCAAAAGAAUAUUCUAACCAAGAGUUUGAGAUGGACAAUCACUGAUACUUCUCUUUCCCCUGAUCAACGCAAUCUUGUUUAUGCCAGCAUGUCGCCCAUUGUACACAUUGUAAAUGUUGGAUCUUCUGAAACUGAGUCACUAGCAAAUGUUACGGAGAUCCACGAUGGUUUGGAUUUUUCAUCAAAUGAUGAUGGAGGAUACUCUUAUGGAAUUUUUUCUGUGAAAUUCUCAACAGAUGGGUGGGAAUUAGUAGCAGGAACUAGUGGUGAUUCUAGACAUGUAUACGAUCUUGAAGCAAACAAAGUUUCACUUCAAAUUUUAGCACACGCGGCUGAUGUAAAUACUGUCUGGGAUCGGCGUUGCUUAAAUGCUAAAGGCAAGCCAGCAGGGGUUUUGAUGGGGCAUCUUGAGGGCAUUACAUUUAUUGAUACCCGUGGAGAUGGACGCUAUUUCAUUUCUAACGGUAAAGAUCAGACCAUAAAACUUUGGGACUUACGCAAAAUCUCGUCCAAUGUUACCUGGAAGGUAUGUACGCUCUUUUCAUGAAUAGAUCAAAAUGGGUCUCGAGGUCAUUACAGGGAGAGCCAGCCGUUGAGGUUAGAAAUGAAGGUGUUGAUGCUGCAGGGCAUACAAUUGGUACAUCUUUGGAGGUCGUGUUCAAACUUAGGAAGGUUCUCAACCCCAAGAGUGUGAUCAAACCAACAUCACUAGCUAAAGAUUAUUUUGAAAAUAACAUCUAUCGAAUAAAUUUCAGACGAAGGACCUUGGUAAACUCCUAUAUUUUUUUGGUAUUGAGGUAGUCCAAUCUAAAGAUGAUAUGGUAAUUUCUUUGGGGAAAUAUGCUAUGGAUACUUUUGAAGAAACAAGUCUGUAGAUAAUGCAUUCAUAGAAAGUAAGUGACUUUAACUUGUUGGUGUCAUCCAAAGGUAACUAGAAAUACUAUGUUUGGUUUGGUAGGACUUUCUAACUGUAUAUGGUUCUUUUUCCUUUUUCAAAGACUUCCCAUAAAGUUUAAUGUCACUCUUUUAUGCUUAUAACAUCAAGAGUUAUUAUAAUUUCGUCUUUUUGAUUACUCUAAAAUUUUACUCUUUUUAUUAAUCAAGAUUAUUUUGAAGUGAUAACUAACUUGUUCG